AUGGUGCAGACAGUAGCAGUGAUCGGGGCGGGUCCCUCAGGUCUGACCAGUAUUAAAGCUUGUCUGGAUGAAGGCUUGGAGCCAACCUGCUUUGAAAGCAGUGAUGACAUGGGUGGACUGUGGAAAUUCAAGGAAGUCUCAGAGCCAAACAGGGCCAGCAUCUACCGCUCCCUAACUAUCAAUAUCUGGAAGGAGAUGAUGUGCUACAGUGACUUCCCCAUCCCACCUGAUUACCCCAACAUUUUACAUCACUCUAAAAUCCUAAAAUACUUAAAGAUGUAUGCAGAGCACUUCAAUCUAAUCUCUAACAUUCGCUUCAAGACCUCAGUUAAGAGAGUAACUCAGAGACCAGACUUUUCUCGCACUGGCCAGUGGGAGGUGGUCACAGAGGACAGAGAUGGUCUAGAGGAGAGGCAUGUCUUUGAUGCAGUUAUCUGCUGCUCUGGCCACUUCAACUAUCCAAACCUGCCACUCAAAGACUUCCCAGGAUUUGAGACGUUUGAAGGAACGUACUUUCAUAGUAGAGACUACAAGGGACCCGAGGACAUGUGCGGAAAGAGGGUGGUGGUCAUCGGCAUCGGUAACUCAGGAGGGGAUAUUGCUGUGGAGGGCAGCAGAGUUGCAGAGCAGGUGUAUCUGAGCACUCGCAGUGGUGCCUGGGUCAUCCGUCAGGUUUCGGACUAUGGCCUGCCAGUGGACAUGUUCAACUCACGCUUUGUUCGUGUCAAGUCCAAGCUGUUGCCUAUGAAUUUGCUCAACUGGCUGGGUGAAAAAAAACUCAAUGCCAUUUAUGAUCAUGCCAUGUAUGGGCUCAAACCCAAACACAGGUAUGAAAUUCUUAUUUGA